AUGAGCACUAUAAUUAAAAUAUAUAUAUAUAUAUUCAAAAAGAAAUAAAAGAGUUUCGAUAAAACUUUUGUUCCUUAAUAUUUUCAAGACAUACUCAACAAUAUAGAUCCUAAGAUGAUAGUCUUUUCAAUGUCAUCUGAAAACCUGAAAAGGAUCUUGAUUUAUACGAUCUGAUCACGAAUGAGAUCUUAAAAAAACAGAAGGUACUCAAGAAAUCCUUUCUACAAUUGGCUUAUGAAAAUAAUUUAAUGAUCUAGUCUUUCCUAGAAGAAAUUUAGUUCCAUUUUCGACACAACUAUAAACUUCUUUAUAGAUUAAAAACAAGUCUAAAUCUAAAAUUAUUGUUGUACCUUGUAAAGUGACCAAGGCUUUUCAAAAUGACAAAAGAAAGAACUGCAAUUCCAAGAGUUAUUUG